UUUGUUAAACUGGUUUUAAAGGGCAAAAGAAAGGGGAAUGGAGAGAGAGAGAGAGAGAUCGACGAAGCCAUGGCCGCGGAAGAAGAGAACGAGUUCUACCUGAGGUACUAUGUCGGGCACAAAGGGAAAUUCGGACACGAGUUCCUUGAGUUCGUGUUUAGACCAGACGGUAAGCUCCGUUACGCCAACAACUCUAACUACAAGAACGAUACUAUCAUCCGGAAGGAGGUGUUUCUCACCCCCGCCGUUCUCAAGGAAUGCAAGCGAAUCGUCUCCGAGAGCGAGAUAAUGAAAGAAGAUGAUGAAAAGUGGCCGGAACCUGACCGUGUUGGAAGGCAAGAGCUUGAGAUCGUGAUGGGAAAUGAGCAUAUCUCCUUCGCUACAUCUAAGGUUGGAUCUCUUCUUGAUGUCCAGAGCAGUGAGGAUCCUGAAGGACUUCGCAUCUUCUACUAUCUUGUUCAGGACUUGAAAUGUCUUGUUUUUUCGCUCAUCUCGCUGCACUUCAAGAUCAAGCCUAUUUAGAGAAGAAAUCAUUGGAUUUGCUGGGAACAUGUGGCUGAAGUUUGUUUGUUGUUUUCUUCUUUUUUUUUUUAUGUCUCUCGCUCAUUAUUGACUCAUGCUAGUUUCUUGUGUUGUUAAUCUGAGAACCUCGAGUUCCAUUCGUAUGCUGUUUUUGCAUUGAAUCUUAUAUGAGCGUUGGUAUUGGAAUUGACGAUGGUUUGGCUUUUCUAAGCAGUGGUCUUUGGCCAGGUGCUGUUAUUUUCGAUAGUAACGAAUCGAAAUUAGAUGUUUUGUCGGGUCGACGUAA